AUGGUUAGAAAAGUGAUCGCCAUGAAAACCGCUGUGUGGACCAUUUGUCUAUUGGCAGCUGUUCAACAAGUGCACAGUUUCUACAAUCCAUACGACUACAAUUUAAACCUCCAAAAGUUUGAAUAUUUCAAAUAUCCCUAUCAGGGAAAGCAUUCACAACCGAAGGAAACAUCUGUGGCGCAAAAGGCCCUGGCGGUUGUGUCCUACUUCCACACACUACUUGCUGGCCAUCCGGUGCAAGAAAAACGUUACUACAUCCCGUUCGAUCCGAACCGAGCGCAACAGCUUCGCGGUGCUUUCCAGCGGCAGUUUGGCUUUCGAGGAGAAAACCUGAUCGCCCUGAUCGGAAAUGGAUACUCCCCUCAAGCCUUGCGGUAUUAUGGUGCUAUUGGGAAAGACUUUGGAAAAUACUGA